UGCAAACAUAUUUUCAAUCCGGCACAUCAAUUUUUUUUCACCAAGAUGUAUGGGAUAUCACGGUAUAGAUUGAAACCGAGAGGACUGUGCCUGGGAUCUCGGACUCAAACUGAGACCGAGAGGAGUGGUGUGUUUUAUUUUCUGUUUUUAAGGGGAGAAUCGGAUUUAGAGUCGGACUUUUUUUUUUCGUUUCUGAGAGGGAGUCGGACUUUUUUUUUUGGCUAUUUAUUUUGUUUUGACGGAUGAAGGAAACAUUUCUUUUUUUAAGUAAAAUAGUAAGAGAUUUUGCAAUAGUAUAAUCAAAGUUUUUUUUGCAUAAUUUAUUAGUGGACAUCGAAAAACGUGACAUAGCUGAAGAAUAUAUUUUAGAAAAUUGGUAAUUUGCUUUGAGACAAAAUAUUUGAUUAAAUCAAGUUAAACCGUGAGGUACUGAUGCUAGAAAUGGACUAAUCACGGGGGUUAGAAGUAAACCUUUAAUUAGUACUAGACGUUAAGUUAAACAUUGACGUGUCAACAAAUAAUUGGUCCCGCACGUUGUUGCGUGCUGAGGAGUGGGACCCUCCUGCCUGCGAGCGGACUCUCCUAGAGUUGAAAGGCGGGUGGGGUUUUUGGCCGCCGAUCGCCGGCGGCGUCGGCCUCCGUUCUCAACCUCAAGCCUACCUGCAUUCCCCACCUAGGGCACCUUCAGAAUCCGGCGAUCGGCGAGCUUCUGCGGCGUCAAGCCGUAUCCGCGUCGCGUGCCUCUGCCGCCGCCGCCCUCUCCCCUACUGCGCCCGCCCCCAGCCCUCCGCCUCCGCGUCGGCGGGACGAAUCAAACAGCGGUCGCGUUUGUCUUGGCAGCAGGGGACGCAUCACGGCGGAAAACCCUAGGUACGCGUUUGCCUUGAUAUGUUGCUGCUUGCUAUAAACUCGAUUCGUGCGUACUGGAAUCUUUCCGUCCGGUUUUGCUGUUGAUUAUUUAGGCACCCUUGCGUCAAAAAAAUUCCAGUACGCUCCAUUUCUAGGGCACUGGUUAUAGAAGAAGCGAAACGAAAGUUAUUGACCUCUUGCGAUGUGAAACGGGGUACAUAAUCAGGGGUAAACAAUCCGCUUGUUUUUUUGAUAAAGAUUGUCGGUUCUUGUGAAGAUUUCUAUUGCUUUUCUUGAUGGAGAUCCUAAUGUUAUUUCUAAGUUACACGCUAAUUGUUAUUUUUUCCCCUUUGCUGUUGCUGGCUCUAAACUUCAUUAAUUAGACUUAUAAGCAUAUAGCAGAAUUGUACAUUUCUUGAAAACUAGGAUAUGUUGUUAUUGUAUGGUUUUUGGGCCCGGUUUUUCUUAUAAACUAGGUCAAUUCUCUUCUUCUAAAUAUAAAAGUGGAACAAAGUUCCGCCUUAGGUUUUUUUUUAAAAAAAAAGAUCUGUUGUUAUCGACGGUACUGCAAUUAAUACUACUAUACUAGCCAGUUCUUUCUUUUCUUUUCUCUCACACCUCACAGUUUCUUCAUAUUUGUCCAGAAUUUUUUUUUGUUAGUAGAUGUUUCAGACAUCUCUUAAAUGCGAGGAAAUGUCGGUACAGUGGCAGUACUGUGUGUUUCUUUAAAAACGAAGUAAUCACAAGAUGUUUGUACAUAUUUAUUGAUAUAUGGGUGCAUAUCACACAUGCACCUUCAUUAUCUAUUCCACUAUUCCAAGUUUAAAUUGUUUGAGAUGAAGCAGCAGUACAAGGAGAAGCUGAACAGUGCAGUGUUUUGACCAGACACCAACGGAAAGCUCAAGUACAUUGUACAGGCACAUCACCCCCUCUAUCCUCUCCAAGCAUCUGAAGUGAUAUAUCCAACACAACUUGUCUAUCAGCUCGUUUCUAAUUCAGAAUGGGUGAUGAACAGUCAUUUGGAGUGUAUGACAUGCCAUCCGAACUGCUAUUUACUUUAGACCUGAAGUUAACUCAUGCUAAUGACUUCAGUGCUAUCCUGAGAUCAUCUACCCAAAAAAUUGAUAAAGCCCGCAAAGAACUUAAGCGCAGGUUCAGAAGGAUUGUGAAGGGUACUGGUUCCAAGAGAAAGGAAUUCUGUAUUACCCCAGAAGGGAUUGAAGUCUUUGCUGUAGCCUUUACUGAUGGUGCUUCAACUGUAACUGCCAUAGUGGAAGGAAAAAACAUGUGGAUGAGAGGAUUUAGGACUGCUGAUGGCCAAAUCUAUGAAUUUGACGAUAAGGAGGAGAUGCAGAUGCUGGAGGGUUCUAUAAAUGAGAAAGGUAAAACAAGGGAGGAGGGUAUUAUAGAGGACCAGAAGCGUGAGAAGAUGGAUAAGAAAAACAAGCAAAGAGACAAGUAUGAAUUAGCAAGUUCAAGCAAGGAACAUGUGGUGAAGGAAAAUGCGCCACCAAGGCCAAAGAAGUAUAUUAAAGGCUCAAUACUUCUACAACACAACAGCAACUAUGGUGACCUUGUAGGCAAAGAACCAAAUGAAUUGUCACGUUUUCAGGUGGGAUAUAGCGUAAUGAAAAACAUGGUCCAGGAUUUGGCACAUUUUGACCGAUACAAUUACUCAGCAAAACACAAGAGAGCAAUGGCAGCCCUGAUCAUUUUCUCAGCAGAAAGUUUGAAAAACAGCUACAUAUCUCGUCUUAUUUUGAAAUCUUUGAAUUCAAGGGUUGGUGCACAGCUCCAACCAUUGGGCUAUGUGGGGGCAACUCAUAUCAAUGGCUGGGCAAGUGCAUCCAGAUUGAUCUUAAGAUCUCUUCAUAUCGCAGCAAAAGUAUGGGAUUUCCAGGAGCAAGCUCUUGUCAAAAGCAAGGAAUUCUAUGCAGACGAUUGCUGGACAACAGAUCCAAAUUUGGCAAUAAAACACAUUGAGUUUAUCAAGGGGGAUGCAUUUCCUGGAAGUAAACUUGCUGUUAAGGAUCGUGAACUUGUUGCUUUAUCAGGUUGUUUGCACGCUUCUGUUGGAGUUGUAGUAAUGGGUGGAAUAAAUCGCGUGUUGGAACAUCAUUCAAAUAUACCAUGUGCAGCCCAGAUUGCACUCCAAGCGAGCUCUUUGUCCACAGCAGUUCAGAUUGUUGAAGGGGAACUUCCUAUUUUAACUAAAGCUUGUGAUGUUUUUGCAUACCUCACACUUAAAGUUGGAUCCAAGAGAGGGCAAAAAGGAGGUUAAGGUGCUAUUAUCCGUUGAUGGAUUAUUGUCGUUGAGUACACAAUCCUCCCAAAUUCAAAAUGAAGCUAUACAACGUAAUGAGAAAGGAAAAGCAUGCCAAAAAAAAUGAUAAGCUUUAUCAUAAACAUGAAGAAUUGAAAGCAAAGCACAAGAAGUUAUUUGAAAAUCUAGUUGCUGAGAAGAAAAGGAAGGCAAUGAGUAUUUUUCCUUCAACAGAUCCGUUGCUCGUCUUGUGCAACAAGGCUGAGGAGGGGGUCAGCUUAAAAGAUCUGGGAAUUGAGUAGAGGUAGCAAUGUUCAGGUUGACACAAGUACGUUCACAUUAUCUUUGCAAUCUUUUGAACACAUAGCUAUGAGCUAUGUAGCAGAAAUUAACUUUCUACAUCAGCCCUAGCAUCGUUGGAAAGGAUACGGAUGCGUCAGCAUUCUCGGCUGACCCACAUCAAGCAUGAUGACGCCAACACUAAAUUCUUCCACAUGAAGGUGAAUUCACAAAGGAGAAAAACACCAUUCUUUCGCUGGAACACAAUGGGACUUUGGCAGUUUGUUUGAUCACCUGAUGGUUUGGAAAAAACGAGCUGCCGGCCUGGCCGGAGCUGGACUAAAUAUAACUGGUCAUUACCGUGUGUAUAUCUGCUGGCCGUGGCGCCACCUUAGCUCUUCUUCAGUAAUCUGGCUUAGCGCCAAGAUUGCCAUCCAGCAACCAUGUUAACCCUGCAGUAUUGCAAUUGUUUUCCCAACCUUAAUAAACUCACCCCGGCUUCUAUCGCUGGCCCGGCGAAAAACAUCAGACUUCUCCAACCCACGACACGUUUGGCACAUGUAGCAGAAAGGAAGAUAAUCAGAACACUACGAGACACUGUUUUGGACGUUUGAUGGUGCUCUAAAUCUAAUAGAAUGUGCUAUUCAUGUAUGCAUGUGUGAUGGUACUAUGAUGUCUUCUGAUGUUGCUGGGCUCCGGUAGCAGUAUGUCUUCUGAUAUUGACAAACUAUAGAUGGCAUUCAUGUAUGAAUGCAUGUGUGAUGUUACUGUAGUAUGAUGUCUUCCCAUGCAUAUGCUACUAAUGGCCAGGAUGUUACUCUCGCAUGCAUGGUUUAUGCAUGGUGGUUUUCGACGUUCUGAUAGUGAUGGUUUAUUCAUGAUGUAUCAUGUAUGCUAUCAAUGCCCGGCUGAAGGAAUUUUCAUGUGUGUACUGUAAGCUCCGCUUCAUUUUCUUUUUCCUUUUUCCGUUGGGGCUUGAAUAUGCAUAAACAAUAUAAUUCCAGAGCCCAAGUCUAUCAUCUAUUUGGGCCUGUAUA